UUAAGGUAUCGAUACUGAACUCAUCCCUAUUGCGUUGUCUAAAAAAACCGAACUUAAUUAAUAAGAAAACUAAUAAGUUAUUAAGAGCUUCCGUGGAAAACAAUCUCGUCAUCCGUCUACUUAAAACAAGAGCCAAAUUUUUCAUUUCUCACUUCUGCGAUUGAGUUUUCCUGAAAAACUGUUGGGAUUUUGACGUAUAACAAUGAAAAUUUGGACGGAAAAUUGGUGCUGACCAAAAAGGAGUGUGUAUUUGACAAGCUACGAAAAAAUUACAGAUUUUAAACUUUAAUUGGUGCUUCAUAAUCGGAUUUGUGCUUUUUCGGGAGAUGCAACCAUAAAAAUCAUAUUUUAAAUGGAUCCACUAGAGAUUUUUGUGGCAAGAAUUCGAGAGCCAAACUGCUAAUUGCUUGCUUUCGGAACAUAAAAGCAAACUGGUCUCCUUCAGCCAGUUAUAACUCAUACUCGUAAUUCAAACAUUUUCUUUUCGUAUAUACAUAUACAUAUUUUCAGUACAUUUUUGGCAUAUGUGCGGUGCAACAUUUCUUUGUCGCUCCGUUGACGUUACCCUAGACGACUGAAGAGAUACAUGGAUAGCUUGGAUAAAGACCAGGAUGAGCUGCGCCAUCAGCCGAGGGUCACCAUGUCGUAUGGCAGUGUGGCCACGAGUCCGGCCAGCCAGGAAACCCAUUCCCAAUAUGCCAUGUACUAUAAUCAGCCGCACGACUCGCUUUCGGAUAGCUACAUGCUAAUGACGCCGUUCCUUUCCGGUCCGCAGACCCACAGUAACCCCAGUCAUUCGCCGCCCACGUUCACCGCCCUGGUGGCGCCACGUCGGGAGGUGGCGUCCACAUCCGGAUUCGAGGCCACGGCCGGGCGGUGCGACAAGUGCAGUUCACUGGCUGGAUUGUGCCGAUGUGAAUCACUGGCCAGCAGCAGCAGCCGUUAUGCGGACUCCACCCAGGGACAAAUCCAGGCGCAAUCCCAGGAGCCGGCACAAUUCGUGGAGCAGCCAUCCUCCUCUACGGCAGCGUCUACAUCCAAUCCGCCCGUUGCCCAUGCCAUUCCACGUCCCAAGCGAAAGAAGACUGAACCCCUGAACAUGGAGCAGGAAGGUGAUAAUGCCGGUGACACGGUGGUAGCCUCCAUUAGCGGAACUUGGCCAGCCGGCGCCAUGGAGGAGCACGCCAUGGAUGUUUCAGCUGUGGUGUACGAACUGCCCUCAAGUUCGUUGCAGCUGAGCAACAGCUCCUUCGAUACGGUUCCAACCGCUGUGAAUGCGUACGAUGAUGUAACGUCCAGUGCCUCGGACACGGAGCACGGACAGUUUGCCCAUACGCGCACCACCAACACCACGACAACCACGUCGGCGGUGCAGGCGCACAAGAAGAAGGCUAAUCGUUCCAGUGAUACCUCCAAUUCCUCCUCUGGCGCCGUCGAUUCGGAUGCUACGCCAAGCACGAGUGCGCAGUCAAGACGGCGGCAGAUCAACCACUUUUCUUACCGCAGCUCAAGAGCAGCGGAGCCGGAAAACGAGAGUAGCGACGAUGGCUGGGAUCUGCGAGUACAUAACUCUGCUCCGGCAAUUCAGCCCACUGUGACGAUUAUUCGAGGUAGAAGAUCUUCCAGCGAGACGGAGGCAGGGCAUGCUGAUCACACCUACUACAAUAGUCGACGAGCUGUGGGCGGAGCUCCGCCGGAUAGCACCUAUAUGCGGGCAGCUUACUGUUCCACGGCUACCCACACCACCCGCAGUGUGGAUUACGGGUCUCACAUUAGUCGGAGAUCCGUUGAACCGGCACCUCCGGGAUCACCGUCCACAACCUCGGAGCAGGAGCAGUCCCAUCUGGUGGAAAAUAUUCAUCAAGAGCAGCGCCAGGAUGAACCGAACGCCCAGGGCAUGUUCAGCGCCCGAGGAAACUCGGGCGUGUUAUGGAGUCGAGUGCGUCCAGCAGAUGACACAAUCCAGCCCAGAAAACAGAUGCGCUUGGAUCUCCCAGGACGGUCUCCGCCUAGCUCGUCCACAAAACUGUCGCCAACGAACUAUAAUUCGUUUCAGCCGGGUAGAAGUCGGCACCGCACAUAUGCGGAGCAGGGAACCAGUUCAGGGCAACCUCUCCAUUGACUUUCCCCCGCAUCUUCUACGCCGAACGCAAAUGGGCCCUGCGUUAUUACCUACGUGGGACGACCGAGGGAUACGCAGUCCUCCUUGGAGCUAUCUAAUCUUCCGUCCACUUCAACGGGCCGGCGCGGCAGUAACGUGAACCGCGGCGAUGCGGUGGUUCUGACUGCUCCGGAUUUGCAGUUGGAUGACUGGUCCUCGGACUCGAAUGACGAUGAUGACGACGUGGUAUUUGUUCACUCGACCCGAGAGCCCAUUGCAUCGAUUGACUUAACCUCAGAUGACGAUGGUUUGGCCAAUGACACGCAACAGCAGAGGAGCAGGGAACAAGGAGGAGUUAGGGAGCGGGAGCGGGAUCGGGAUCGAGAGCACUAUCGCACCGACCAUCAACUUAAUGUGGAGGAGCCAAGCCACGAGAGGAGGCCACUAUACAACUGUGCUUACACUCUGCCAUAUGCUCGUAGAGCAGAUAGACGAACGGAGCCGAACAGUGAUGGCACCUCUGCAUUCGCCUUUUACAGCGGCGCUCUGGCGGACCGGGCUGCCAUCUCCGACCACAACUAUAGCUACGAGCUUGACCAGUUGAUGGAUCCCACCGCCGGACACUUCUAUCCGCCUCGGUGCUCCAGCAUGGACUCCCAACGCUACUUUCUUCCCAUCAACGAGUCAUCGAUGUGGAUGCAGGGACAUCAACCUACGCAUGCGCCACCAUCGCCGUUGCCCCCGCCACCGAUGCCCGAGAACUCGUCUGCCGAGGCCUUCGUGCGCCAUCAGCAGCGGGCACCCACCUCAACGCCCAGCAGCUCCUCCAACGGACAGGCAUCAUCGCAGCAGUCUCGCCGGCGACGCAGCAGUCCGGCGAAUGUGUAUCAUCGCUAUCAUCCGUACUAUAUGCCCCACUAUGCGAUCACAACACUGCCAACUGUAAUGGAGGCGGAGUACUCACCAAGCCUCCAGCCACAUCCUCAUUUCCAGGGAGGUCCUGGCGGAAGCAGUCGCAGUUCCUUAAGCGGCGCUUUGAAUGCUGCUGCAGUGGCGGCCACAGCGGCGGCUGCUCAGGCGCAAACUUUCAAUGACCUGCUCUCACAGGUGCACAACGAAGGACGAGCGGCAGCAAUGGAAGCCGGUUUGGACGGCGAUAGACGAACGCCACCGCAUGCCAUGGUGCAUCCACACCAGCAGCAGCAGCAACAAUCGCAGAGGCAAACCAUCAAUCCACCCGCGCCUGGUUCAUCAUCGAAUGGCACUAUCGGGGCAGCGGUUUCCCCUCCACCGCCGCUGGAAAUGUACUCUGGUCGCAGCACCAUUCCGUACUGCGGAUCUCCGCCUUUCAGUGUUCGACGGUCGGAGGCGGCAUACAGCAAUCGACAGCAUUACCAGCCGCAGCCGCAUCAGGGCCACCAGGCGCCACAAAACCAAAUGCACGCCCACAUUCAUCCGCCUCACCGGGCCAGUGCCAUUGUGGCCACCUCGUUGACGCCGGCGCCACCGUAUCCAGUGCAUCAGAAUCUGUGGUAUCGUCAGCAGAGCAUGCAGGAAAUGCACCGUCGGCACAUGACGCCCACGCCCAUCGAUCUGUCCUCGAAUGCCCCGCUGCUGACGAGCACACUGCGUAACGGAUACUUGCACAGUAUCUGCAGUUGUGUGCACGCGAGAAAUGGUCCUGUUUCCAGCCUGGACCCCGCCUACUAUCCACCGUACGAUGCUGCAACAGCUGCUGCUGCUCCGCCACCACCUUCUCAACAGCAGACACCAGCCACAUCUGGCGCUGCUAGUGGUGGCGGGGCACCACAACCGAGUUUGAGACACCUGCAGCUCCAGUCGCAACAGCAGCCGCAGGCUCAACAAUCUCCACCGGUUAUGCAGCAAUUGCAGCGACAGCGGGCAAUCCAUCACCACAUGUUCCACCAUCACUACUCACCGUUGCAUCUGGAGAUCGGACUGGCCACGCCACUCUCUCUGGGCUCCCGUAUCCUUAUUGGACCAUCUCGUCCCAACCGGGGAGCAACCUUGGAAACCAUUGAGCGGAAUACCUUGCCACACAAGUACAGACGUAUGAGGCGGCCCAGCGAAACGGAUGAGGAUGCGGAGAAGUGUGCCAUUUGUCUAACCCUCUUCGAGAUCGAGAACGAUGUGCGCCGUCUGCCGUGCAUGCAUCUUUUCCAUACAGAUUGUGUGGAUCAGUGGUUGGUCACCAACAAGCACUGUCCAAUCUGUCGCGUCGAUAUCGAAACCCACAUGCCAAACGAUGCCAUGGCGCCGAGCUCCAGUGGAGUCACCGAUGCCGCCAGUACAGCCGCCUUAUGACAUUGUGUGCAUGGAAUCUUUAUGUAAAACCCUUAGACUGAGUUCGUCGCGGCAGGCAUCGAUAAAAGAACAAAGAAAGAAAAAAUCUUAAAUUCUAUAUACAAACCUUACAAAAUAUUCAACCCACCGCAACGCAUGUAUUGGGCAGAGUUGACAAAGCUUGCUGCCGUGUUGCGCGGAACAAUAUCAAAAAGCUAAAUCUGUUUGGCUCAAUUUCUAUAUCUAGGUAUACUAAGUGAUUCGGCAAAUUAUUUCCUAUACAUACAUAUGUACAAAUUGUCCACGUUUUGUGAAACAAAAUUCUUGUGAUAAGAAUUUCAUAAAUAUGCGUAUAUUGUUAUAGUAUAGAAUUCCCACGAUGGGCGUAAAUAUUUAUUUAGGCCCAAGCCUGUUGUUAUAUUUUUAAUUGUCACACAAAACUACCAUAUAUCAGACCCGUAUUUUAACUGCUUGUAAAUCUGUUCGCCAAGACAUUUUAUUUAUCAGAUUGAUUGAUAUGUGUAAUUAGAUUUUUGUUUUAGGACUUUUCUAAAUAUUUUUAAAAAUUUAAGUGAGUAAAGAAAAUUAUAAAUUUUAUUUCUCUAACUUUUAUAUGUAUAUUCAGUCAAAACUUUGAGCUAUACCUUACCCACUACUGCUCAAUAUCUCAUAACGUGCCAUAUAAGUGAUUUGAUUCGAUGCAAUUUUUAAAAGCUUGAGCUAACAAAUAAUAUAACUUAUAAUGUAAGAUGGAGUUAUUUUAUCAUAAAAGUUUUUGAAAACUUUUCGAAAUAAUAUUGUUGUCUAAGACGGCAGAAAUCAAUAAAUAAUCAAAUUAAAUACA